AAUAUUAUUAUGAGUUAUAUAUUAACGGAAAGUGAAUCAUUUUUAAGUUUGUGAAAAAAUAUUGUGUUGUUUCGAAAUAUUAAGAUAAAAGUAUUAUUUUUAAAAAAUAAUAAUUAAUUGGAAACAGAAAAUGGAUAAAUUAAAAAGAGCUUUAAGUGGCAAUGACCAAUGUGAUGAAGAAAGUGGUAUUAUUACUCAGACUGAUGUGGAUUUUAUGGUUAUGGAUCAAACUACAUUAAGUUGGUCUACUCGAAUAAAAGGUUUUGCUAUUUGUUUUAUUGUUGGUAUUCUCUGCUCUUUCCUUGGAUCUUUUGCCUUAUUUUUACACAAAGGACUUACAGUCUUUGCUGUAUUUUAUACUAUAGGAAAUAUCAUUUCAUUAGCAAGCACAUGCUUUUUAAUGGGUCCAUUCAAUCAAUUUAAAAAGAUGUUUGCACCAACAAGAGUAAUUGCAACUAUUUUAGUAUUUAUAUCAAUUGCAAUAACUUUAUUUGCAGCUUUACAUCUAAAGAAUGCUGGAUUGGCUCUUUUAUUUAUAAUUAUUCAAUCAUUGGCAAUGACUUGGUAUUCUUUGUCUUAUAUUCCCUACGCACGUGAUGCUGUUAAAAAAACUCUGGAGACAUGUAUCACAUGAAAAUACUUGCAAUAUCUUUAAUAAAAUGUCUCACUUAAUAAACAUGUUGAAAUUUA